AUUGUAAAUACAUUAAAUUUUUUUUUUUUUUUUGAGAGGGAGUCUUGCUGUGUCACCAGGCUAGAGUGCAGUGGCGCGAUCUUGGCUCACCAUAACCUCCACCUCCCAGGUUCAAGCAAUUCUCCUGUCUCAGCCUCCUGAGUAGCUGGGACUACAGGCGUGCACCACCACGCCUGACUAAUUGUUUAUAUUUUUAGUAGAGAUGGAGUUUCAUCAUGCUGGCCAGGAUGGUCUCGAUCUCUUGACCUCGUGACCUGCCCGCCUUGGCCUCCCAAAGUGCUGGGAUUACAGGCAUGAGCCACCAUGCCAGCCUGUAAGUACAUUAAUUUAUAACAUAAAUAAUUACAUAUUUACUAAAACAGAUGAGGAAAUUUGUUGUUUUUGAAAUUCUUUUGAAGUAUUGGAGAGAAAUGUUGGCGGCCUCAUCCCUGUGUGAUCUGCGUCCCAGGACCUCUCUGGGCUCAUCUCCUGCCUGUGUCCCCCUCGUUCCCUCUGCUGCAGCCACACAGGCCUCUUUCCUGGGGCCAGGGUUGCUCCUGCCUCAGGGCUUCCACCUGGGCUGUCCCUCUGCCUGGACAUCUCUAGCCUGUCAGCUGCAGGUGCAAACACCUUUUCUUCCCCAGGUCUUUGUUCUGAUAUUACCUUCUUCAUGGAGGCUUCUGCGUUCCUCUCUACCCUACAUUUAACACUCCAGCUACACCCUUACCCCCACUGUGGUCCACAUUGCCUGCUCUGGAUGUUUCUUUGUGCUCUUUUGCUGUCCAGUACGUAAAUCCUGGUAACGAGACCCAAGGGUAGAGCAGAGCCAGAAGGUGGGGGUGUGAUGGGCUUGCCCCGUCUGAGUGGAGCUCACCCCUGGUUUCACAUUGGAGUGCAGAUACAUGUCUUGUGCCCCCAGCCUCUUACCUGAGAUUCCCAUUCACAUACUCAGGUCGGGCCCAGCCUUAAUAUUUGAAGUUGAUUCUACAGUAGUUGCUCUUUAUCUGCCAGUGUACUUUUUCAGGUUCCAGUUACUCAUGGUCAACCACAGUCCAAGGAUAUUACAUGGAAAGUUCCAGAAAUGAAGAAUUCACAAGUUUUAAAUUUCUUACCCUUCUGAGUAGGAUGAUACAAUCUCUCACCGUCCCACUCUGUUUUGUCCAGGACUUGAAUCAUCUCUUUGUCCAGUAUGUCCCCCUAUAUAGUCAUCCCUCGGUAUCACAUAAGAUUUGCUUCCAAGAUCCCCCCCAAGACUACCCAAAUCAGAUGAUCUUCAAGACCCUUAUAUAAAAUUGCAUAAUACAGUCACAUGCCACAUAAGGACAUUUCGGUCAACAGCAGCCCACGCCUAUAAUGGUGGUUCCAUAAGAUUACACUGGAGCUGAAAAAUUCCUGUUGCCUAGCUACCUCAGAGCAGUCAUGACAUCAUAGUGCAGUGCAUUCCUUGUAUUUGUGGUGAUGCUGGCGGAAACGAACCUAGUGUGUUACCAAACAGCUUUAACCUGGAUGUGGAGGAAGAUGACAUUGAGAAUCUCUUAGAGGUGGUUCAUGAGGAAUGGGUUAAUGAGGAGUCAUUGGAACUGAUACAGGAACAUGUAGCUGAAGAAGAGGCAAGAGAAUAGGGAACUGGCUGGGCACGGUGGCUAACAUCUGUAAUCUCUGCACUUUGGGAGGCUGAGGCAGGUGGAUCACUUGAGGAGUUUAUUGUCCCGGCAUCAACUCUGACGCAGUGGGCAGCAGAGGACCGUGUUUCCACAGGGUGAAGUCUUCCCUAUGUGUGUGGUUGUGGCACAGCAAGAAAGUAUGUUGAUUCUAAACCCUAAACAGCAUAUUUUUGACAUUCAGGAUUGACUUCUAAAGAGUCAUGUUGGCCGGGCGCGGUGGCUCAUGCCUGUAAUCCCAGCACUUUGGGAGGCCGAGGCAGGUGGAUCACAAGGUCAGGAGAUCGAGACCAUCCCGGCUAACAUGGUGAAACCCCGUCUUUACUAAAAAUACAAAAAAUUAGCUGGGUAUGGUGGCGGGAGCCUGUAGUCCCAGCUACUUGGGAGGGUGAGGCAGGAGAAUGGCAUGAAUCCGGGAGGUGGAGCUUGCAGUGAGCUGAGAUCGCCCCACUGCACUCUAGCCUGGGGGACAGAGUGAGACUCCGUCUCAAAAAAAAAAAGUCAUGUUAUUUGAAGGAGAAGCCCAGAAGAGGAAAGCAGAGGAGUCAGGGAUGCCACUUACUCAGGGACACUUGACAUUCAGGGAUGUGGCCAUAGAAUUCUCUCAGGAGGAGUGGAAAUGCCUGGACCCUGUGCAGAAAGCUUUAUACAGGGAUGUGAUGUUGGAGAACUACAGGAACCUGGUCUCCCUGGGAAUCUGUCUUCCUGACCUGAGUGUUAUCUCCAUGAUGAAGCAAAGGACAGAGCCCUGGACUGUGGAGAAUGAAAUGAAAGUAGCAAAAAAUCCAGAUAGGUGGGAAGGUAUCAAAGAUAUCAACACAGGGAGGAGCUGUGCAGUGAGAAGCCAAGCAGGAAGCAAGCCUAUUACAAAUCAACUCGGAUUAACCUUUCACUUACCUCUGCCAGAACUGGAGAUAUUUCAAGGUGAAGGGAAGAUGUAUGAAUGUAAUCAAGUUGAAAAGUUUGUCAGCCACAGUUCUUCAGUUUCACCACUUCAAAGAAUUUAUUCUGGGGUCAAAACCCACAUUUUUAAUAAACACAGGAAUGAUUUUGUUGACUUUCCAUUGCUGUCACAAGAACAGAAAGCACACAUUAGGAGAAAACCUUUCGAAUGUAAUGAGCAGGGCAAAGUCUUCAGAGUGUCUUCAAGCCUUCCUAAUCAUCAAGUAAUCCACACUGCAGAUAAACCUAACAGAUGUCAUGAAUGUGGUAAAGCCUUCAGGGACAAGUCAGGCCUUGCAAAACAUUGGAGAGUUCGUACGGGAGAGAAACCUUACAAAUGUAAAGAAUGUGGCAAGCUCUUCAAUCGAAUUGCAUACCUUGCACGACACGAGAAAGUACAUACUGGAGAGAGUCCUUACAAAUGUAAUGAGUGUGGCAAGGUCUUCAGUCGAAUUACAUACCUUGUACGACAUCAGAAAAUUCAUACCAGAGAGAAGCCUCAUAAAUGUAACAAAUGUGGCAAGGUUUAUAGUAGCAGUUCAUACCUAGCACAACAUUGGAGAAUUCAUACAGGAGAGAAACUUUACAAAUGUAAUAAAUGUGGCAAAGAAUUUAGUGGGCAUUCAAGCCUCACCACCCAUCUGUUAAUCCACACUGGAGAGAAACCUUACAAAUGUAAAGAAUGUGACAAGGCUUUUAGGCACAAGUUCUCCCUAACAGUUCAUCAGAGAAAUCAUAACGGAGAGAAACCUUAUAAAUGUCAGGAAUGUGGCAAAGUCUUCACUCAAGUUUCACAUCUUGCACGACAUCAGAAAAUUCACACUGGAGAGAAACCUUACAAAUGUAAUGAGUGUGGCAAAGUCUUCACUCAGAAUUCACACCUUGCAAAUCAUCAGAGAAUCCAUACUGGAGAGAAGCCUUACAGAUGCCAUGUGUGUGGCAAGGUCUUUCGACACAGUUCAUGGUUUGUACAGCAUCAGAGAAGUGUUCAUGAGAGAGUCCUUACAAACUGAGUCUGGCAAACUCUAUCAUAAGUUCUAGCAGUAAGCAACAUCUGAGAGUAUACUGGAAAGAAAUCAUUUAAAUAUACUAUAUGUGGCACAGGCUGUAUUGAGACCCACCAAAUCACUAGACAUCAAAACAUUCAUCUUUGGUGAAGCCACACAAAUGGAUUGUGUGUGCCAAGGCUAACAAGUCAAAAUAUAUUGAACCUAAUGAUAUGAUGUGUAUAAAGGGUGCAAGGACACAUGGAAAUGGUCUGUUAUAUUCGGGUUAUUAAAAAUGUAAUUGGCUGGGUGCCGUGGCUCACGCCUGUAAUCCCAGCACUUCGGGAGGUUGAGGUGGGUGGAUCACAAGGUCAGGAGUUCGAGACCAGCCCGGCCAAUAUGGUGAAACCCCAUCUCUACUAUAAAUACAAAAAAAUUAGCCGGGCAUGGUGGCACAUGCCUGUAAUCCCAGCUAUUCAGGAGGCCGAGGCAGGAGAAUUGCUUGAAUCCGUGAGGUGGAGGUUGCAAUGAGCCGAGAUCGCGCCACUGCACUCCAACCUGGGUGACAGAGUGAGACUCUGUCUCAAAAAAAAAAAAAAAAAAAAAUUGGGAUUUGAAAGGCCAAGUACAGUGGUUCAUGCCUAUAAUCUUAGCACAAUAGAAAGCCAAGACAGGAGGGUCACUUGACGCCAGGAGAUCAAGAUCAGUAUGGGCAACGUAGCAAGGCCCAUCUCUACAAAAUAAAAAAAAAUAAGUCAGGCCCCUGGCAUGUGUCUGUAGUUCCAGCUACUCAAGAGGCCGAGGCAAGAGGAUCGCUCAAGCCCAGGAGUUUGAGCAGUGAGCUCUGAUCUUGCCAUUUGUACUCCAGCUUGGGUGACAGAGCGAGACCCUGUCUCAAAAGAAAACAAAAAGGGUAGUUUUUAUUACUUAAACCUGAACUUUGAAAUCUCUUCAUGUGCCUUCCCUACAGGCCUUUCACUGUGGUCUCUGGGAAAGAAUCAGUAAGAUGACAGGGCUGACUUCAUUAGCUGAGGAGCGUUUCUAUCCAAUUUCCUGGAGGAAUAAGGACACUGCCUUUUCAGAUUAAAGAUUGUCUGAUUUAGAGACCAUGGAGGUGGACAGAGAAUAACAAAACCGUGAUGGCAGUCAUCAUGCUUAUUGCAGUUGGCACACUUUUCCUAACAGGCACAGUGCUGCUGUGCUCUCCAAAUGACCAUGAAAUAGAGCACGCCAUGACUUUAGGACACAGGGAUUUUUAUGGGAAGAGAGGUUAUUAGGGACUGAUUACAUAGUAGAGACGAUGCAGGGGAAAUGGUGUCCACCUUCUCCACUGGAUAGUAAUAGCUGCUGUUUAGCAAAGACUGAUUAAAAAGUACUCUGAUUUUUCAAAUGGAAGAGAGAACAGUUAAAUCAGAGCAGAGAGUUUAAUCCAAACUACCAAUGGAACAUGUUCUUGAGUGGGAUUCACAUUUAACUGCUGGCAUAAUGUGCAACUGUUUGAUUUUCUCAUGUUUGGAACAAUAAAGUUGAAAUUUUCCAAAGUG